CAGACUAAAAGAGAUCCAGAAAGGAGGGAAAGAGAAGUCCAGAAGUGAAGGAGGUAGAGGAGGAGAAAUAGACAGAUCUAGUAUUUCGGUGGGGUGGGAAGAAAGAGAAAGAGUAAGGGAACCCACUGUGGGGGUCGAAAGAGCAUCAGGUGGACCCUUGCCCCAUCUCCCCAUGGAGGUUUCGGAGUUGGGUCCCGGGCUGGUGGAGCGUUUGGAGCAGCUGUCGACUUGCCCGCUGUGUGGGGGCCCCUUCCAGGACCCCGUGCUCCUAGCGUGCGAGCACAGUUUCUGUCGCGCGUGCCUGGCCCGCCGUUGGGGUGCCCCUCCAGGGCCCGGUGACACUGACACGGCGCCUCCCACGGUUUGCCCCUGCUGCAGUCUCCCGUGCCCUCGCCGCAGUUUGCGGUCGAACGUGCGCCUGGCAGUGGAGGUGCGGAUCAGUCGCGGGCUGCGGGAGAAGCUGGCAGAGCCAGGGGCUCGGACCGGGAGGCGCCGUGGGGGACGCAUCCCUACCAUGGGCUGUCAGGAUCCGCACGGAGAGGAUGUGAGGAAGACAUGGAGAAGGCUUGAUGCUACAAAGCCCAAACGAGAGGAAUCAGAUGAGGACAUCCCAGAAGAUUAUCCUGUAGUCAAAAACAUGCUCCACAGACUCACAGCGGACUUGACUCUGGACCCUAGCACUGCACACCGUCGCCUCCUCGUAUCCCCCGAUGGUAGAAGCGUCUGUCUAGCCCCACCUGGGACACCUGUACCACCAGAUGGACCAGCCCGCUUCGACCAGCUCCCGGCUGUGCUGGGUGCUCAAGGCUUCAGAGCCGGACGGCAUUGCUGGGAGGUGGAGACAGCUGGUGGAACCUCUUCCGGGGAGUCCUCUGGUGAAGAAGACGACAACGAGAGCCGCUAUGCCGUCGGUGCUGCUGGAGAAUCUGUGCGGCGGAAGGGCCGCGUGGGGCUAUGCCCCGCCGGAGCCGUGUGGGCAGUGGAAGGCCGUGGGGGCAGGUUAUGGGCACUGACAGCCCCCGAGCCUACGCCCCUGGGGGGCGGGAGGCCCCCACCACGGAGAAUUCGUGUGGACUUGGACUGGGAAAGGGGCCGAGUGGCUUUUUAUGACGGUCGUUCCCUUGACCUGCUCUUCGCCUUCCAGGCAUCUGGGUCCCUUGGGGAACGUGUCUUUCCGUUGCUCUGCACCCGGGACCCCCGGACCCCACUCCGCAUAGUACCAGCUGAUGGCUGAGCCCUCCACCCUGCAGUUUUACCAAGGGAUUCCACGCUCCUCAAUAACCAUUUGGGAGACUCCAGCUCUCCGGGAUUCGAGUGGCCUACUCCCAAGAAAUUCUCAAAUCCCUCCCAGGCAAUUUCAGAUCUUUUGUACACCUGGAUGUGGAAACUUGAGAGCCAUUUCCUCCCAAGUCUAAAAGCUUCCUGCCCUGGAACUCUAAAUAUGCCAUAUUUCUGAGUAAAGUGCUUUCAAAAUAAACCCACAAACCCACUAUCUUCCUAUAACCCCUAGUCCACUCUAACUCCACCCACAACUUCCACAGUCAGAAAUGUUGCUUACUCAAUUGAUUUGCCUCCUACUAAGCCCCACCGAGCUGGAGAAACUGCCUUCUUGGUAGGUCCCCAAGACUUUUCAGACUUCUAUUCCCCUUUCUGGAAAGAAAGUAUAAAGGGUACUGUCCUCAGGACCCUUUUCUUGAGGUCUGUUAUUACUUGCCUUCUUUCCU